AUGGAUAACGUCCUCCCAGUGGACUCAGACGUCUUCCCAAACAUCUCCACCAACACCUCGGAGCCCAACCAGUUUGUGCAGCCGGCCUGGCAAAUUGUCCUUUGGGCAGCUGCCUACACAGUCAUUGUGGUGACCUCCGUGGUGGGCAACGUGGUGGUGAUGUGGAUCAUUUUGGCCCACAAGAGAAUGAGGACAGUUACUAACUAUUUCCUUGUGAACCUGGCCUUCGCAGAGGCCUCCAUGGCUGCAUUCAAUACAGUGGUGAACUUCACCUACGCUGUCCACAACGAGUGGUACUACGGCCUGUUCUACUGCAAAUUCCACAACUUCUUCCCCAUUGCUGCUGUCUUUGCCAGUAUUUACUCCAUGACGGCUGUGGCCUUCGAUAGGUACAUGGCCAUCAUCCACCCCCUCCAGCCCCGGCUGUCGGCCACAGCCACCAAGGUGGUCAUCUGUGUCAUCUGGGUCCUGGCUCUCCUCCUGGCCUUCCCCCAGGGCUACUACUCAACCACGGAGACCAUGCCCAACAGAGUGGUGUGCAUGAUCGAAUGGCCAGAGCAUCCCAACAAGAUUUAUGAGAAAGUGUACCACAUCUGUGUGACGGUGCUGAUCUACUUCCUCCCCCUGCUGGUCAUAGGUUACGCGUACACUGUAGUGGGCAUCACGCUGUGGGCCAGCGAGAUCCCUGGGGACUCCUCUGACCGUUACCACGAGCAAGUCUCUGCCAAGCGCAAGGUGGUUAAGAUGAUGAUUGUUGUUGUAUGCACCUUUGCCAUCUGCUGGUUGCCCUUCCACAUCUUCUUCCUCCUGCCUUACAUCAACCCUGAUCUCUACCUGGAGAAGUUUAUUCAGCAGGUUUACUUGGCCAUCAUGUGGCUGGCUAUGAGCUCUACCAUGUACAACCCCAUCAUCUACUGCUGCCUCAAUGACAGGUUCCGUCUGGGCUUCAAGCAUGCCUUUCGGUGCUGCCCUUUCAUCAGUGCUGGCGACUAUGAGGGGCUUGAAAUGAAAUCCACUAGGUACCUCCAGACCCAGGGCAGCGUGUAUAAAGUCAGCCGCCUGGAGACCACAGUCUCCACAGUGGUGGGGGCCCAUGAGGAAGACCUGGAGGAAGGCCCCAAGGUCAUGCCCUCAUCCCUGGACCAGACCUCCAAUGACUCCUCUCGCAGUGACUCCAAGACCAUGGUGGAGAGCUUCAGCUUCUAUUCCAACGUGCUCUCCUAG